CAACAACACAUGUACAUUAUUUAUUUUUAAUAAAAUAUCGAUAUAUAAGGUAUUUUAACAUCCAUUACAACUCAUAUAUUUUAAGGUAUAAUACUAUUAUACACAUAAAAGCUUAACUAUGUCAGGCACACCACAAACAACCUAUUCACCACUACACGAUACAAAUAAUAGCAAUAACAAUAAUAAUAGCAACAACAACUAUAGCAACACUAAUAACAACAACAACCAUAGUGGUUCGACUAGUCCAGCUAUAGGUCAAUAUAAUUUCCAACAAACUAGUUUUAAUAAUAGUGCAAAUAAUUUGGCAAGAUCAACUUCAUCAACUAAUUUAUCAACAACACAGCAACUAGGGGUAUCAUCAACUUCAUUCAAAUCAUCUGGACCAACAUUAGACUCAUCAUCAUUUAACAGUGCAUCCAACCUCCAACAACCAAACUAUUCACAACAACCACCAUCCUAUUUCUCAAACCCAGUACAUUCUAGCGCUGCCUCCCUUACUGGUGACGACAAUACUUUAAAGCGUCUCAUUAAAAUUGGAAAUUGGAAUAAUGUUUUUAAAGUAGCAGAUUUAUGUAUUGCAAGUACAAACAACCCACAAAGCAUUUUACAAUAUAAACUAUGUAGAAUUAUUGCACAUGUUAAAAUGAGAUCAUAUAAUAUUGCUGAUGGUGAAAUUAAAGGUAUUGGAGAUAUUAGGGAUUUAAUCAACUGUUAUGAAUCCUAUCCUCAUUUAUUCCCUGGCAAGAGAGGCACAAUGGUACCAUUCUCAAUGAGAAUUAUCAAAGCUGAAUUAGCAUGCCAUUUAAAUACCGAAAAAUUCCAACUAGAUUCACUUUAUGGAUUAUUAUCAAUUUUCGAUGAAAUAUUCGAAACCAACCCAUCAUCAUUAUUCGAACAACUUUUAAUUUGGAAACAAAGAGAAAGACGUAUUGUAUUUUCAAUUGUAACAUUUAUUAUUCAAAAGAACAGAGACUUUUUAUUGGCUGCAAAGAUAUUAGAGGAUCUAAUUCAAAGAUAUCAAGCUGAUCCAUAUAUACUUUCAGCACUUGGCAGAAUUCAUUUACAAAUGGGAAAUAUCAAAGAUGCUGAAAAAAUAUUUAAUUUAAUCAAUCAAAUCUACAAUAUCGAUAUUGCCACCAAUGACACCACCAACGGAAAUCAUAACCUUUUGAUUUUAUCAUAUAUGAAUUUUGGCUUUUUGGCAGUAUCUUCGGACCAAUAUCCUUUGGCCAUCGAGUAUUUUGAAAAAAUAUCCAAAAUCGAUCCGCUAAACAUCCCAGCAAUCAAUAACAAAUGUAUCUCAAUGCUCUAUACCUGCGAUUUGGGUGGCUCUAUUACAGAAUUAGAAAAAGUUCUUCAAAACGACCGUGAAAAAUCAAUUGACGAAACUUUAAUCUUUAAUAUCUGUUCUCUUUACGAAUUAGCAAGCGACAAAUCAAACGAAAAGAAAAAAUCGAUUAUGGGUGAUAUUGCAAAGAAAGCUCCUGAUAAUUUUGAUUUUAAAGUAUUCAAAAUUUCAUCAAAUCCAACACUCUAAAUAAAAAAAUGAAAAAAAAAAAGUAUAAAAUAUAAAAUAUAAAAUAUAACAAAACUAAAAAAAGAAAUAAUUAAUUAAUUUAUAUAAAAUAU